GUGACCAUCAUUGCAUUUUCUCACGAAAUCGAUUUUAACGCGUUUGCUACGUCUCAUAUUUCAGGUUCAUCAUGAAGGACCCUACACAGCCCGAGGUUCACCCCAUCUUCGAGCCAAACACUAGCACCUGGCAAUACAUCAUUGCCGAUCCUGCAACCAAGGACGCCGCUAUCAUUGACAGCGUUCUCGACUUCAAUAUCUCCACAAGCACCAUUACCACGACUUCAGCCGAUAAUCUCAUCGAUUUAGCCAAGAGAAACGACUACAGGAUCGUCUACAUCCUCGAGACCCAUGCUCAUGCAGACCACCUCACGGCUUCGAAAUACAUCCAACAAACACUUCUCCGCGGAGGAAACCCGAAGCCUCAGAUUUGUAUUGGUAAGCGUAUUGAGCAGGUUCAACGUACCUUCGCAACCAAAUACCACAUCAAUGAGGCCGAAUAUGUCAGCAUUUUCGACAAGUUGCUCGAGGACGGGGAGCAUCUACCCCUUGGAAAGCUGGAAAUCGAGGUUCUACAUCUGCCCGGCCAUACCCCUGACCACGUUGGAUACGUGAUCGGCUCCAAUGUCUUCACAGGCGACUCUCUCUUCCUGCCCGACGUCGGUUCGGCCCGAUGCGACUUCCCUGGUGGAGAUGCAACAGCUUUGUUCAAAUCCAUGAUGAGAUUGCUGACCCUCCCACCGGACUGCCGCCUGUACUCGGGCCAUGAUUAUCCACCGAAUCAAGAUGGACGAACGGAACCUCGCGCUUUUGCGACUGUGGCGGAACAGCGGGAGAAGAACAAGCACGUUCAUGAUGGAGUGACUUUGGACGAAUUCGUUCAGUGGAGGACACAGCGGGAUGCAACACUGGGUGAGCCAAGACUUCUUCAUCAAGCACUACAGUUCAAUAUACGUGCGGGACAACUUCCGAGUGCGAGUGAGCAUGGACAUAGGUUUUUUCAUGUUCCGUUGAAAGUACCUGAGGAGGCGUGGACUUGGGGCAUCGAGACUUAAGGCUAAGGGUUGUAAUCUAUUUGAACUUUCCCUAUUUUUGUCACUGCUGUCGAUGUUCUCAAGGCGAGGGCAUGGUAUAAUACCCAGAGAUGCUGGGUCUUCAACGGGCGGAAGCUAUCGCAUCGUAUACCAGGCUUUCUCCCCUUGUGUUGUCUAUUGGAUGCCAGAAUUUGGGCUUAAAGCCAUUCUUCCGAAUCAUACCGCAGAGAUGGAAUGUGCCCGGGAGAAUAGUAGAUACCGG